AUGUACAACCUAGGGAGAGCUGGAUUGACAUACUGGAGUCCAACCAUCAAUGUGGUUCGAGACCCAAGAUGGGGACGAAUUGUUGAAACCCCAGGCGAGGACCCUUUUGUCGUUGGCAAAUAUGCUAAGAACUACGUUAGAGGUCUCCAAGAUGUGGAAGGAUCUGAAAAUGUCACCGAUUUGAACUCUAGACCUCUAAAAGUUUCUUCGUGUUGCAAGCACUAUGCUGCUUAUGAUGUUGACAAUUGGCUCGGUGUUGAACGUUACAGUUUUGAUGCUAGGGUGACUGAACAAGAUAUGUCGGAGACAUUCAAUAAGCCAUUUGAGAUGUGUGUUAAGGAAGGAGAUGUUAGCAGCAUAAUGUGCUCUUACAACAGAGUUAAUGGCAUUCCAACUUGUGCUGAUCCAGUUCUCUUGAAGGACACCAUUAGAGGCAAUUGGGAUCUUCAUGGAUACAUCGUUUCAGACUGUGACUCAGUUAAAGUUUUGGUAGAAGAUGCACAUUAUCUACAAGACACAAAUGAAGAUGCCGUUGCUCAAACACUCAAAGCAGGGUUGGAUUUGGAUUGUGGUAAAAUUUACCCACAAUACACAGAAUCCACAGUAAGGCAAGGGAAAGUUGGGAUGAAAGAAAUUGACAACGCUCUAAACAAUCUCUACGUUGUUCUAAUGAGGCUUGGGUACUUUGAUGGAAACACUGGUUUCGAAUCACUUGGAAAACCAGAUAUUUGCUCUGAAGAACACAUUGAAUUGGCCACUGACGCUGCUAGACAAGGAACUGUUUUACUCAAGAACGAUAAUGACACUUUGCCUUUUGAUCCUUCUACUUACAAAACCCUAGCUGUUGUUGGACCCCAUGCCAAUGCCACUUCUGCCAUGCUUGGAAACUAUGCAGGAGUGCCAUGCAGAACGAAAUCCCCAAAGGAUGGGCUAUCAGAAUAUGCAAAAGUGAACUACCAAAUGGGGUGUGAUAGUGUUGCUUGCAAAAACGAUACCUUCAUAUUUGGAGCCAUGGAGGCAGCCAGGACCUCUGAUGCAACUGUGAUUUUUGUUGGUAUUGAUUUGUCCGUUGAAGCAGAGAGCUUAGACAGAGUUGAUCUUCUUCUUCCUGGAUACCAAACUCAACUCGUUCAACAAGUUGCAACUGUCUCUAAGGGCCCAGUUGUUCUUGUCAUCUUGUCCGCCGGAGGCAUUGACAUAUCUUUUGCCAAGAACAACUCCAACAUCAAAGCCAUUAUCUGGGCUGGAUAUCCCGGAGAGGAGGGCGGUCGUGCCAUUGCCGAGGUCAUCUUCGGAAAAUACAACCCAGGAGGAAGAUUACCCUUGACAUGGUAUGAAAACAACUACGUGAAUCAGCUUCCAAUGACAUCAAUGCCGCUCCGGCCAGUGGAAAGCCUCGGAUAUCCAGGAAGAACUUAUAAAUUCUACGACGGCCCCGUCGUCUAUCCAUUCGGCCACGGCCUCAGCUACACCUUUUUCAUCCAUAACCUAACUUCCGCCAAACGGUCCAUCACCAUCGAUCUCAGCAGCAGGGUUCAAUGCCGCGACAUCGCCUACAACAACGGCACCUUCAAGCCCGAAUGCGCCGCCGCCCUAGUGGACGACCUGACUUGCACCGAGGAGAUCGAGUUCCAAAUGGAAGUUGAGAACACCGGCAAGAGAGACGGCAGCCAGGUGCUGAUAGUGUACUCGGUUCCGCCAAGUGGAAUUUCUUCGACACAUAUAAAGCAGGUGGUUGGGUUCCAGAGGCUGUAUCUGAAUGCUGGGGAUAGCGAAACGGUGACAUUUAAGUUGAAUGCUUGUAAGAGCUUGGGGCUUGUUGAUUUUACUGGGUACACUCUGCUGCCGGCGGGUGGGCACACCAUUGUUGUCGGAGACGGAGAAGUAUCUUUUCCGGUUGAGCUUAGCUUUAAUAAGAAGUAGGGUUAGGUUAUUUGGUCUCAGGGAGUUUAGGGUUUCUGCGUAGAGGGUAGGUCACCAUUUUCUUUUCUUUUCAGUGAUUGAUGUUAAUAAAAUAUUCUUCAGAUAGAUUUUUCUU